AUGGUGUCCGUGCACAUGGCGGGGUGGCACUUCCUGGCAUCUGUGAGUUCCUUGGCACGGGCGGCCGAGUUGUCAUCGGCCGAGCUGUCAUCGGCCGAGCCGUCAUCGGCCGAGCCGUCAUCGGCGAAGUUGGCAGCAAUCGUGUUCCUCCUCGGGGGACCAGGGGCGCACGAGAGGUGGGAGGGACACCCCUCUCUGCCAAUGGGGUACGUGAUGUUGGUUUGCGUGCGAACCGCGGACUCGCGAGACGCGAAUCAUUCCGCUCUGAUAAACAAUACUCCUUGGUGGGGUUGCGAGUCGCUCGCGUCCUCUGACAACUUGUUGUGCCACGCCCAGCGAGAGAGGGACCAAUUUCAUUCCUAUCAGUCGCCAGUACCCCUACUCCCGAGGCCGACGACACGGAUGCAAACGGACGUGGAGUAG